AUGUCGACCGAAGACAAGGACAAGGAAGUACGUCGUCAUCAGCUUUGUCGAAAUUGCCUGAGAAAGGGUCACCAUUCUAAGGAUUGCUCAUCGUCUUCCAACUGCCGCAAGUGUUGUGGUCGUCACCACACGCUACUUUGUCACGAAUCAUCCUCUCCAUUAACUUCGAAGUCAGUCAGCCCUCAACAAUCAAAACUGGUAGAAGCGUCUCAGAUAACUGAUUCUCCCACUACUUCUGCGUCCGCAAAAAUAAUCGAGUCGGUCAGCUGCUCCUCUGCUGGCCACAAACAGCGAACAGUUCUUUUGGCUACAGCGGUCAUCAUUCUUGUUGACGACAACGGCGUCGAACACAUGGGACGUGCUCUGCUAGACUCGGGAAGCGAGUGCUGUUUUAUAACGGAACGUUUCUCACAACGCAUGAAGGCUCAGCGAAGAAAGAUCUACCUUCCAAUCAGUGGCAUCGGCCAAUCAUCUACACAAGCCAAACAGAAGUUCACUUCCAUCGUUCGUUCACGAGUUGGUGAAUACAAGACCAGCGUAGAAUUUCUUGUUCUUGCCAGCGUCACCAUAGACCUACCAUCUACGUCCGUCGACACUUCGACGUGGGACUUUCCACCUGGCAUACAACUUGCCGAUCCAUCGUUCGAUAGCACCAACCCGAUCGACAUCAUAAUCGGAGCCGAGAUAUUUUUCGAGUUGUUCCGAGUCCCCGGCCGAAUUCCUCUUGGGGACCAUCUUCCGGUGCUGGUAAAUUCAGUAUUUGGCUGGGUAGUUUCAGGAAAAUCCACCGUUAGCACAUCCAAUCCUCCAGUUGUCGCGAACAUCGCUACCGUCACAGACGUUCAUCACCUCAUGGAACGGUUUUGGAAAAUCGAGGAGGACAGUUCACCUUGCACCUACUCGGUUGAAGAGCAAGCCUGCGAGCAGCAUUUUUGUCAAACCGUGUCGCGUACCACAGAGGGCCGAUACGUAGUUCGCUUGCCUUUCAAGGAAGCCGUUCUUGAGCAACUUACCGAUAACCGUCGGACUGCUGUCCGUAGGUUUCAUCUGCUACAAAGUCGUCUAAUCCGGAAUCCUGAUCUACGCCAGCAGUACAAGGCGUUUAUAGACGAGUACCUCGACCUUGAUCAUAUGGAGCGGAUACACGACUACGAAGAGCCAAACGUCAAACGCUUUUAUCUGCCACAUCAUGCAGUGCUUCGCGAAGACAGCACAACCACGAAACUACGGGUCGUCUUCGACGCUUCGUGUAAGACUCCUACAGGGCCAUCAUUGAACGAUGCACUAAUGGUUGGGCCAACCGUUCAAGAAGACAUACGGUCAAUCACAAUGCGUUCCCGGAAGCACCAGGUCAUGAUAGUCGCAGAUGUUAAAAUGAUGUAUCGCCAGGCUCUUGUCGAUCCUCGAGACACGUCAGUCCAGCUCAUCGUAUGGAAGCCUUCUCCAGACCAGCCGAUGGAAACCUACAGGUUAAAGACUGUCACGUAUGGCACUGCUAGUGCACCAUUUCUCGCAACGCGGGUAUUAACUCAGUUGGCCAAUGACGAAGGCUCUAAUUUUCCUUUAGCAGCUCCAGUUUUGAGGAAAGACUUCUACGUGGACGAUCUCUUUUCCGGAGGCAAAACCGCAGCGGAAGUAAUCGAGCUGCGAAACCAGCUAGAAGGACUCCUAGCAAAGGGUGGUUUCCAGCUACACAUCAGUAGACCUUCACCGGGACCAGGUAAUCAAAACGCUCGGUCUCUACUGGGAGAUAUCAACUGA